AUGUGUCGCCGCCCUCGACUGUUCCACACUAUAUUAUUGCAAGCUACUCCUCCUUCAAAGCAAGCUGGAGCUAUGGAGUGUAAGGAUGAGACGUACGACCCAGAUGUGAACCUCCAUAGCGAUGACAGUGAGCAAGAACUGAACAAUUUUAAGGAUGCUUGUAGCUCUGUUGGUUCACCAUUUGAGAACAAAGAGAUAUUCCACUGGGAUGGCUUCACUCACAACAGGCUAGAGACUGGAGGGGGGCCUCAGGCAGACAACCCUACAGCAUCCAAGAAUAAGACUGGGGGCAGAACACAGAAAACAGGGACUUGUAUGUGUUGUGGAAAAGAAAAUGUUGAGAUUUGGCACGGCAAUCGCUACAGAUGUCACAUUGAAGAGAAGAUCAAGGAGCAUGCUGGAUUCUGUGAAUCCUGUGCUACAGGCUAUGAUGAGGAUGAGGACCCAGUACAAUGCCCCAUUCACAGUAUGAACCCAUGGCCCAAGAGCAAGGCUGACACUAUUCCACUAGAACCUGUCUGGACUUGACAUUAUUCAACUAGAACGUGUCCGGACUUGAUAAUAAUAACUGAACAAUUACAAUUGAAUCAAAUAUACAUGCUACUGUGAAUAUAAUUUUAAUUUGUACAAGAACAAUUGAUGUUCAAUAAUUGUUACUAUAAUAUAAAGUUGACUUAC